AUGGAGCCUGGGGUGCAGGAUCUAGGAUUGAGCUCCUCUGAGGAUGAGAGCCCCUCUCUAGCAAUCAGGAGCCCCACCUUGAGAAAGCCCCUGAAACACAGCACCCCUGAGGAGGCAGCCCUGGGUUGGAGCCCAAGGCCAUCGGGAGGUGCCUCCUAUCUCAGUGGGUCCCCAAUGCCUGCACACUUCUCUCAGGACCUUGCAUCCCACCCAGCAGGGGUCAGCCCUCCAGCCACUGUUAGGAAAAGGAGGCUUUCUACUCUCUGGGCCUCCAAGGAGUCCAGCUUGGAUCUCUCAGCUCCUGGGGAGGAGCCGCCCACAUCAGCCUCCUUAACCCAGCGGCAGCGGCAGCAGCAGCAGCAGCAAGAGUCCCUCCGGGCAAAGAGCUGGCCACAAAACCCUGGAUUGCCUGGGAUCCUGAACACAACAGGGAGGAAGAGACGAGACCCGAAGAAGCGGGCAGCUGCGAUGGAGCGAGUGCGACAGUGGGAGAUCUACGUGCUUCAGAACAUUGAGGAAGCCACCCAGCAUGAGCUCACCAUCGAAGAUGACUGAGUGCUUGGUGCCAGGACAGGAAGGCAGGGUGCUCUAGAGCUGCCUGCCUUGGGCUGGCUUCAUCGUCCACAUGGUGCCCUCCUUGGGCUGGCCCCCAGUGCUGUUGCCCUUCUCCAUGGGGUGGGAAGAACGGGUUUGAGAAGAUCCUGUUGCUUAGACUGUAAAUGUGUUUCUG